GGGGUAAUAACGCAGGCGGAAGUGUGUAUGUCAUGCUGGAACAUUGAGGAUCUCUGUAACUGGAUUGGAGUUACUGGAUUCAUUCAAAGAUUUUAUAAAACGAAAGCGGUCAAUAUCCAUAUGUCUCCGUAAGUAAAUUACAGAUCGAUCUUAGAUAGGCUGCGCGAAUCUACAACAGUUGAUCUCGAGCUCUGUUGACAUUUGACUGAACAUACGGAUGUUUUGGGGGGAAUUACAGAUUGAGAAUGGCCUCUGGAAUGUUGCUGGACGAGACUCCUCUGUUUGAUCCUUCUCUGCUUCAAGAGCUGGACUGGAGCAGCAACACUGUCUCCUUCUCUCCUGCCAUUUCUCCCUCUCAGCCUGGAGAAGGUCUGGUCCUCCGUCCUCUUUGUACUGCUGACCUAGACAGAGGCUUUUAUAAGGUCUUAUCGCAGCUGACAGUGGCUGGGGAUGUCACAGAAGAACAGUUCAAAGCAAAUUUUGAACAUAUGAAGAAAUCUGGAGACUAUUUUGUCAUAGUGGUGGAAGACACAAAUCUUGGACAGAUUGUUGCCACAGCAACACUCAUCAUAGAGCACAAAUUUAUCCAUGCUUGUGCAAAGAGGGGGCGUGUGGAAGAAGUGGUUGUGAGUGAUGUAUGCAGAGGAAAACAGCUUGGAAAACUGUUGGUAUCAACAUUGACUCUCCUCAGCAAAAAAUUGCAGUGCUACAAAAUAACGCUGGAGUGUGCCGAAAAAUGUGGAGUUUUAUAAGAAGUUUGGCUACUCUGCUUCAGAUGAGACUUACAUGCAGCGCCGGUUCUUUGACUAAAUCCAAAAGAAUCUUGAACAUCAUAGAAUGUUUGCUUUAGAACUCUUAAUCUGUUCUAUUUUCUGAGAUUAGACUACCUCGAACUUGCACCUUUUUAGCUAGCAAAAAAAAAGAAAAACUUGGUAAAUUGGUGACAAGUUUUGUCACAGUAUCAAAAUAUUCUGAAAUAAUGCGUUUUGAAUUCACUACAACACAGAACAAUGCGCAUAUUCAAGAACGUCUCUAAAUGUAUGCAGCCAACAUCAAGCACUUGCUUUGAAAGUUAUUCAGUUGUCUGUUUAAAAUGUGUUUUCACUUCACAUAACUUGCUUUAGAAACAGAAAUCAUGUCUGAUCACAUAUAGAAUGUAGUUUACAUCGUCAUUCACGAUAAGUAACACUGUGGCCUGUCUAAGAGAAAAGCAAAACAUUUUGUUUUAUAGAAGGGCUUACAUACUUGAAUGUUUUCUAAUGUAAAGAUUUAUAUAUAAGUAAAUUUUUUUGAAGAGGGAAAACCGUUUCGAACCCAUUUAGUUUCCAAAUAUUCUUUUUAAAAAACAAGUGUGAGGCACAUUUCCCUCUUUU